UGUGGCUGAGCACCCCUCGCCGUGGCCCCCACCCCCCUCCUUCUUCCCCCCCUCUUAUACCCGCUCGCCCUCCCCUGUCCAUGGCCAGCAGCAGCAGCAGCACCAGACCAAAUUCCACUCGUUGGUUUCUUUGCCGGUCGGCCUCGUCGUCGUCUCUCCCGGCUCCGGCCGCAAAGUGAACCUACCUGCGGCGUCUCGACCUCGUCCUUCCGUCUGUCUGUCGCCUAGCUAGCUGCUUCUUCCUCCUUGGCUUGCAGCAGCAGCAGCAAGCAAAGCCGGGAGCUUGUGUUUGUUUGGAUCGGAGUGAGAAGAAGAUGAUGGCGGAGUGCCAAGGAGGAGGAGGAGGGGAUUUCCUCAUCAAGCUCUUCGGGAAGACCAUCCCCGUGCCGGAGUCCGGCGACGCCAAGGAUCUUCAGCAGAGCAGCAGCAGCAGCAGCUCCACUGAACAAGAUCAUCAGGAUGCCCAUGCCCUGGACCAGGAGAACCCGCACCCGGACUCCUCCGACCCGUCCCCGCAGCCGGAGGUCGUGGACGCAGAGGACCCCAAGAGCUCACCGGAGACGACACACCAGAAGCCCGGCCAGGGCAACGGCAGCGGCGACGCUGCCAGCCAGAGGGAGAAGCUGAAGAAGCCCGACAAGGUGCUGCCAUGCCCGCGCUGCAACAGCAUGGACACCAAGUUCUGCUACUUCAACAACUACAACGUCAACCAGCCGCGCCACUUCUGCAAGAACUGCCAGCGCUACUGGACCGCCGGCGGCGCCAUGCGCAACGUUCCCGUCGGGGCCGGUCGCCGCAAGAACAAGAACGCCGUCGCCGCCUCGCACUUCCUCCACAGGGUCGGGGCGGCCUGCGGCGGCGGCGGCGACACGCUCAAGACGACCAACGGCACGGUGCUCAGCUUCGGCGGCCAUGGUGGCGGCUGCGUGCCUCCUGGUCCUGCAUGCUUGGACCUCGUCGAGCAGCUCAGCCACCACCUGGCGGCCCCGGUGAUCAGGAACGCCGGCAACAACCCGGGUCCUUGCAGCGAAGGAUCGAGCAACUGCAGGGACGACAACAAGACCAUCAACGACAGGUCUUGUGUAGACGAAGCCGCAGCAGCAAACGGAGACGACGGAUCAGUGCAGCACCCAGCAAGCAUGAACAACGGCGGCGCAACCGUGUGGCCGCCGCCGUACAGCUGCGCGCCAUCUCCGGCGGCGUAUUUCUCCUCGGGCAUCGCGAUCCCGAUAUACCCAGCCGCACCAGGUUACUGGGGCUGCAUGGUUCCCGGAGCUUGGAGCCUGCCAUGGCCGGUGCAACAGCCCCCGUCGUCGCAGUCGCAGGGGCCGGCGGCGGGCCUCUCGUCGUCGACGUCGCCCACCACCACCAGUGCUCCUUCGGUCUCAUCAUCCGGGGCAGCCGACUCCCACACGCUGGGGCUGGGCAAGCACCCCCGGGACCGGGAGGAGGGUGACGACGGGAGAAACGCCAAGGUGUGGGCUCCCAAGACCAUCCGGAUAGACGACGUGGACGAGGUGGCCAGGAGCUCCAUCUGGUCGCUCAUCGGGAUCAAAGGCGACAAGGCGAAGCAGCAGGACGACGAUGCUGCUGGUGGGCACAAGCAGAAGCAGCUUGUUGGGAUGGUGUUCGAGCCCAAGCGCGAGGCCACCAAGAAGCCGGCGGCCAUGAUGACAAGCUCGCCGCUCCUGCACGCCAACCCCGUCGCGCUCACGCGCUCCGUGGCCUUCCAGGAGGGCUCUUGAUUCUUCAAUUUGAAGGACAUCGAUCGAUCCAUCAGCAGCAGCAGCAGAUGCAGGAAUUUUGUCAUGCAGCCUUCUCAUCUCGACAUGAGCUUAGCCUGACACAGUACUGAAUUUUUUUUUGGGUAAAUCAUCAGAGGAUUGUAAUAUAUAUCUAUAGGUAUAUAUAUGUGUUGGGUGGGAAACAGAGCUAGUGUGUAUAUGUGUAUGUGUAUGUGUAUGUGUAUGUGUAACAUAGCUACUUGUGGACUUGUAAUAUAGGCGGCACGCAGGAUGUACAUAUAGAACUAGCUAUUUGGGUUUGAGAAAGACCAGGAGAUCAAUAAGAGGUCCCAGGUUGUAGAUAAAUAACAACAUUAAGAAGGGGAAUAUAUUGCUUCAGGUAUUUCACUUU